AUGUCAUUACGUAUCGGCAUAAUUGGCUUCCUCAGCCUUUAUCUGAUGGUUGGAUAUGGAAGCAACUUCCUUUGCAACCUCAUUGGCUUCUGCUAUCCUGCUUACAAAUCGAUUAAAGCCAUCGAAUCUUCACGCAAGGAUGAUGACACUCAGUGGCUCAUGUAUUGGGUUGUCUACAGUGUUUUCAGCUUGCUUGAAUUCUUUGCUGACUUGCUCCUCUUCUGGAUUCCAUUCUACUGGUACUUCAAGUGCAUCUUCCUGUUGUGGUGCAUGAUGCCAAUCCCUCAUAAUGGUGCUGAUAUGAUUUACAAUCGUCUUAUCAAGGUGUUUUUCCUAAAGCAUGAGUCUGAAAUUGAUGAUGCCAUGAAUUCUUUUGGCCAGAAGAUGGAUGAGGCCAAGAAAACUGUGACCAAAGCUGCCACAGAUGCUGCUGCUGAUUUUGUCUCUGACAGCAUGAAGGGCGGGAAAGCAGAGUAA